AUGAACAGAGCAAGUCGCCAUUCUCCGCGCUAUCAAAAUUUAAAUGAUAAUAAAAAAUAAAUAUAGCAACUUAAUGAAUUGGCAAUAAGCUAGUCCCAUAGAAUUAAUGAAUUUGAAAGAAAACUAUAAAGCAUGCUAAAAAAAUUAAAUGAUUCUCAAAGUUUUCAAGUGGAUUAAAAUUCUAAUCAAAUUUCUGAGCUAGAGGAUGAAAAGGAAGAUUCGUAGCUGAAUUUAUUUCUUCCAGAUUGUAUUCUUAAGAAAACUGAUUGCGGGCAAAUAUUGGAUCAAAAAGAAAAUUAGGAUUAAUUAAUGAAAGUUAUGAAGAAUAAUGAGGAGUAGUAGUUCAGGGCUGUAGGUUAAAAACCACACUAUGAGGAAAAAUAAGAAAUAAAUUGUUAAAAUUCAAAUGAAGAUAAAGUCUAGCAUCAAUGCUUAUAAUAAAAUUAAAAUAAUGAGUGUUAAGAAUUCUUUAAAGCGGAAAUUUAGAUGAAUGAAUUGAGUUUUUAAAAUUAAUAUGAAAAUUUGGAAGAGUUCAAUGAAAACCUACUUUAUUAAGCAGAAAGCAAGCCAUAAAGUGAUGAAAAAUAAAUGAGCCAAGAAUAUAGAGAUAUUAAUAAUUAGAAUAAUUAAACUAAUGAAAUAAAAAAUUAAGUUUAGCUUAAUUAAGUUGAUAAAAUUUAAUAAAAUAUAAUAAAUGAAAACUAGGGAUCGUAGAAUAAAAUUUAAAAGUUUCUUCUUAAAACAACAAAGUUAUUAUAGGAUAAAGACUAAAAAAUUAUUAAACUUUUAAACUAGGAGCUAACUCAAGAUAAUAACUUCUAAAAUAUAGUGGAAGAUGAAAUAGAAAAAUUAAAUGCUCAAUUUAGUAGAAUUUCUUAAAAAUAGGGAUAAUAACUUAAAAAUUUGUAAAUGCAAUUGCAAAAUAUAAUGUAAGAAAAAGUUGAUUAAAUUAUGGAAAUGGUAAGCUAAACUUUCAGAAUUAAUCAUUAGAACAAUGAUGAAGACUUAAUAGAUAAUUUGGUUGGUAGAAAGGGAUCUAUUAAUUAUUAACAGUUAGAAGAAUAUAAGGUAUAAUAGUAUGAAUUAUAAUAUGAACUGGAAGUUUCAAGUCAAAAGAAUGAUGCUCAGAUUAAAUAGGAACCUAGUAAUAAUUGGGAUCAGAAUAGUAAUAUUAGUGAUAUUGUAAACAAAUCUAUACACAAGAUAAAUGAUCAAUCUCUCUCAUAAAAUGAUGAAAAAGAUAAUAAUAUUUAAAACUUUUUAAAUUCUAUCGCUAGUCUUUAAUAAUAAAAUAUUUAGUAGGGAGAUGGGCUUAUAUUUAAUCAAAAACAUAGAAAAUCUAUUUCAGACUAAUUCAAUAAUCAAAAGGAAAAUAUCAUUUAAUAAAAAGAAGUUAAUAUGCAAGAUGCAGAAUAAGAUAAAUAUAAUGGUGCUAAUUAAACAUUUAAUGAAAUAAAUUAAUCAAUGAAUAAAAGCGAGUAACUAUAAUUGGAAAUUUUAAUAAAUGAGAAAUAGAGUUUAGUCAAUAAUUUUUUAAUAGAUCUUGAAGAAAGAAAUAAAAUAGAAAAUCAAUUUGAAUAAGAUGAAAAAAUGCAUAAUUUAAUUGUAAAAAUUAAGGAAAUACAAAAACAUUAAAUAAAUUAUAAUUUUGUGGAUUAUAUUAAUAAAAAGCUAAGAAAAUUUAUAUAAUCUGAGAAUAAAGAAAUAAUAAAUUUAUAGGAUAAUAUAUAAUAAAAUUAGAAUUUAGAAUAAUUGAAUAAGGACAACAAAUUAGAAUAUAACAUGUAACAUAUAGAAAUGAAUAAUUAGAAAAAAGAAAAUAAAUAGGAAAAGGCUGAAAUACGAUUUGAAAAAAGAAAAAAUAAAUAUGAAAUUUAAUAAGUAAAAAAAUAUUAAUAGGAUGAAUAAAUUUAAAGUAUUUAAGAUGAAGUUUCUUAAUAAGAAUUAUAACCAUCUUAGCUAGUAAUAUUUAAUAAUAAGUAAGACCCUUAAAAAGAAAAAUAACUAUAACUUGAUUAAUUAGUGAAAAAUAAAGAAGGAGAAAUAUUAGAAAAAAAAGAGGUAAUUGAAAAUUUGAAAUAACAAAACACAAAAUAGUAAAAAGUAUAUCUAAAUGAACCUGAUGAUUAAAAAUAAUAGUAACAAAAAUAGAAUAAUAAUUAACUAAUUUAUAAAUCAUAAGAAGAACCAUUAAUAAAUGAUAAAUAAAAUGAAAAAUGGAAAAAAGAAUUUUCUUAAUAAUAAUAAUAAUAAUCUUAACAUGUUGAUGAACAAUAAAUAUAACAACCUUAAAACAAUAAUGAAAUUUUUUCUAAAUUAUAAGAACAAUUAUAAUAAAAGGAUAAAUUAAUUAAAAAUUUGAGAUAAUAAAAUUCCAAAUAAUAAUAAUAACCAUCUUAACAUGCUGACUAACAAUAAAUAUUACAACCUUAAAACAAUAAUGAAGUAGUUUCGAAAUUAUAAGAACAAUUAUAAGAUAAGGAUAAAUUAAUUGAAAAUUUGAGAGAAGAACUUUCUUCAUAAUAAUAAUAACCAUCUUUACAUGGUGACUAACAAUAAAUAUUACAACCUUAAAACAAUAAUGAAAUUGUUUCUAAAUUAUAAGAUCAAUUAUAAGAAAAGGAUAAAUAAAUUGAAACUUUGAAAUAAGAACUUUCUUCAUAAUAAUAAUAACCAUCUUUACAUGGUGACUAACAAUAAAUAUUACAACCUUAAAACAAUAAUGAAAUUGUUUCUAAAUUAUAAGAUCAAUUAUAAGAAAAGGAUAAAUAAAUUGAAACUUUGAAAUAAGAACUUUCUUCAUAAUAAUAAUAACCAUCUUUACAUGGUGACUAACAAUAAAUAUUACAACCUUAAAACAAUAAUGAAAUUGUUUCUAAAUUAUAAGAUCAAUUAUUAGAAAAGGAUAAAUAAAUUGAAACUUUGAAAUAAGAACUUUCUUCAUAAUAAUAAUAACCAUCUUUACAUGGUGACUAACAAUAAAUAUUACAACCUUAAAACAAUAAUGAAAUUGUUUCUAAAUUAUAAGAUCAAUUAUAAGAAAAGGAUAAAUAAAUUGAAACUUUGAAAUAAGAACUUUCUUCAUAAUAAUAAUAACCAUCUUUACAUGGUGACUAACAAUAAAUAUUACAACCUUAAAACAAUAAUGAAAUUGUUUCUAAAUUAUAAGAUCAAUUAUAAGAAAAGGAUAAAUAAAUUGAAACUUUGAAAUAAGAACUUUCUUCAUAAUAAUAAUAACCAUCUUUACAUGGUGACUAACAAUAAAUAUUACAACCUUAAAACAAUAAUGAAAUUGUUUCUAAAUUAUAAGAUCAAUUAUAAGAAAAGGAUAAAUAAAUUGAAACUUUGAAAUAAGAACUUUCUUCAUAAUAAUAAUAACCAUCUUUACAUGGUGACUAACAAUAAAUAUUACAACCUUAAAACAAUAAUGAAAUUGUUUCUAAAUUAUAAGAUCAAUUAUAAGAAAAGGAUAAAUAAAUUGAAACUUUGAAAUAAGAACUUUCUUCAUAAUAAUAAUAACCAUCUUUACAUGGUGACUAACAAUAAAUAUUACAACCUUAAAACAAUAAUGAAAUUGUUUCUAAAUUAUAAGAUCAAUUAUAAGAAAAGGAUAAAUAAAUUGAAACUUUGAAAUAAGAACUUUCUUCAUAAUAAUAAUAACCAUCUUUACAUGGUGACUAACAAUAAAUAUUACAACCUUAAAACAAUAAUGAAGUAGUUUCUAAAUUAUAAGAUCAAUUAUAAGAUAAGGAUAAAUAAAUUGAAACUUUGAAAUAAGAACUUUCUUCAUAAUAAUAAUAACCAUCUUAACAUGCUGACUAACAAUAAAUAUUACAACCUUAAGACAAUAAUGAAGUAGUUUCUAAAUUAUAAGAACAAUUAUAAGAUAAGGAUAAAUUAAUUGAAAAUUUGAGAUAAGAACUUUCUUCAUAAUAAUAAUAACCAUCUUUACAUGGUGACUAACAAUAAAUAUUACAACCUUAAAACAAUAAUGAAAUUGUUUCUAAAUUAUAAGAUCAAUUAUUAGAAAAGGAUAAAUAAAUUGAAACUUUGAAAUACGAACUUUCUAAAUACUACUUAUAACCAUCAUAAGGUGUUGAUGAACAAUAAUUAUUAAUACCUUUAAACAAUAAUGAAUUAGUUUUGAAAGUAAAGGAAGAAUUAUAAGAAUAGGAUCAAUAACUUUAAGAUUUGAAAUAAUACAAUCCUUUUUAGUAUUCUUCUUUACCAGAGAAUACUGAAUUAUUAUUAGAAUCUGAUUAGAAGAAUGAACAAUCUCAUCCUUUUGAAAAUUAAAAGUAAAAGGAAGAUAUCUAGAUAUUUGAUUAAUAAACUAAAGUUUAAUAUUUAGAAAAUAGUGGUACAAAUUAGAAUUUUUAAUUAUUAAAUUCUGACCUAACAAUAUUAAAUUAAAAGCGUCAAUUUUAAGAUUCAUAACUUGUAGAAAUGAAAGAAUAAAUUCGCAAAUAAUAAUUGGACUUAAACUAUCAGCAAUUAAAUAAUAAAAAUUUAAUAAAAACAAAUAUUUAAAAUGAAUAAAAAAUUAAUUAAUUAGACAUUUAAAUUAAGAACUUAUAAGAACAGAUAUAAGAUUAAGAAUCUUAAAUUAAUGAAAUGAAAACGACUAACAUUAAAACAAACUAAGAAAUUGAAAUUAAGUAGACUGAAAAUACUAAACUAAUAAAAACUAAUAAAGAAAAUGAGCUGAAAGUAACUUAAUUUGAAAAUGAGAAUAAGAAAUUAAAAGAAUAGAUCUAAGAUUUAGAAUCUUAAAUGAAUGAAAUGAGAGAUACUAACUCGUAAAUAAAGGAAGAAAUAGAGAAUAAGCAUACUGAAAAUACUAAACUAAUAAAAACUAAUAAAGAAAAUGAGCAGAAAAUAAGUUAAUUUGAAAAUGAGAAUAAGAAAUUAAAAGAAUAGAUCUAAGAUUUAGAAUCUUAAAUGAAUGAAAUGAGAGAUACUAACUCAUAAAUAAAGGAAGAAAUAGAGAAUAAGCAUACUGAAAAUACUAAACUAAUAAAAACUAAUAAAGAAAAUGAGCAGAAAAUAAGUUAAUUUGAAAAUGAGAAUAAGAAAUUAAAAGAAUAGAUCUAAGAUUUAGAAUCUUAAAUGAAUGAAAUGAGAGAUACUAACUCAUAAAUAAAGGAAGAAAUAGAGAAUAAGCAUACUGAAAAUACUAAACUAAUAAAAACUAAUAAAGAAAAUGAGCAGAAAAUAAGUUAAUUUGAAAAUGAGAAUAAGAAAUUAAAAGAAUAGAUCUAAGAUUUAGAAUCUUAAAUGAAUGAAAUGAGAGAUACUAACUCAUAAAUAAAGGAAGAAAUAGAGAAUAAGCAUACUGAAAAUACUAAACUAAUAAAAACUAAUAAAGAAAAUGAGCAGAAAAUAAGUUAAUUUGAAAAUGAGAAUAAGAAAUUAAAAGAAUAGAUCUAAGAUUUAGAAUCUUAAAUGAAUGAAAUGAGAGAUACUAACUCAUAAAUAAAGGAAGAAAUAGAGAAUAAGCAUACUGAAAAUACUAAACUAAUAAAAACUAAUAAAGAAAAUGAGCAGAAAAUAAGUUAAUUUGAAAAUGAGAAUAAGAAAUUAAAAGAAUAGAUCUAAGAUUUAGAAUCUUAAAUGAAUGAAAUGAGAGAUACUAACUCAUAAAUAAAGGAAGAAAUAGAGAAUAAGCAUACUGAAAAUACUAAACUAAUAAAAACUAAUAAAGAAAAUGAGCAGAAAAUAAGUUAAUUUGAAAAUGAGAAUAAGAAAUUAAAAGAAUAGAUCUAAGAUUUAGAAUCUUAAAUGAAUGAAAUGAGAGAUACUAACUCAUAAAUAAAGGAAGAAAUAGAGAAUAAGCAUACUGAAAAUACUAAACUAAUAAAAACUAAUAAAGAAAAUGAGCAGAAAAUAAGUUAAUUUGAAAAUGAGAAUAAGAAAUUAAAAGAAUAGAUCUAAGAUUUAGAAUCUUAAAUGAAUGAAAUGAGAGAUACUAACUCAUAAAUAAAGGAAGAAAUAGAGAAUAAGCAUACUGAAAAUACUAAACUAAUAAAAACUAAUAAAGAAAAUGAGCAGAAAAUAAGUUAAUUUGAAAAUGAGAAUAAGAAAUUAAAAGAAUAGAUCUAAGAUUUAGAAUCUUAAAUGAAUGAAAUGAGAGAUACUAACUCAUAAAUAAAGGAAGAAAUAGAGAAUAAGCAUACUGAAAAUACUAAACUAAUAAAAACUAAUAAAGAAAAUGAGCAGAAAAUAAGUUAAUUUGAAAAUGAGAAUAAGAAAUUAAAAGAAUAGAUCUAAGAUUUAGAAUCUUAAAUGAAUGAAAUGAGAGAUACUAACUCAUAAAUAAAGGAAGAAAUAGAGAAUAAGCAUACUGAAAAUACUAAACUAAUAAAAACUAAUAAAGAAAAUGAGCAGAAAAUAAGUUAAUUUGAAAAUGAGAAUAAGAAAUUAAAAGAAUAGAUCUAAGAUUUAGAAUCUUAAAUGAAUGAAAUGAGAGAUACUAACUCAUAAAUAAAGGAAGAAAUAGAGAAUAAGCAUACUGAAAAUACUAAACUAAUAAAAACUAAUAAAGAAAAUGAGCAGAAAAUAAGUUAAUUUGAAAAUGAGAAUAAGAAAUUAAAAGAAUAGAUCUAAGAUUUAGAAUCUUAAAUGAAUGAAAUGAGAGAUACUAACUCAUAAAUAAAGGAAGAAAUAGAGAAUAAGCAUACUGAAAAUACUAAACUAAUAAAAACUAAUAAAGAAAAUGAGCAGAAAAUAAGUUAAUUUGAAAAUGAGAAUAAGAAAUUAAAAGAAUAGAUCUAAGAUUUAGAAUCUUAAAUGAAUGAAAUGAAAGCGACAAACAUUAAAACAAACUCAGAAAUUGAAAUUAAGUAGACUGAAAAUACUAAACUAAUAAAAACUAAUAAGGACAAUGAGCAGAAAAUAACUUAAUAUGAAAAUGAGAAUAAGAAAUUCAAAGAACAUAUCUAAGAUUUAUAAUCUUAAAUGAAUGAAAUGAGAGAUACUAACUCGUAAAUAAAGGAAGAAAUAGAGAAUAAGCAUACUGAAAAUACUAAACUAAUAAAAACUAAUAAGGACAAUGAGCAGAAAGUAACUUAAUUUGAAAAUGAGAAUAAGAAAUUAAAAGAACAAAUCUAAGAUUUAGAAACUUCAAUGAAUGAAAUGAAAGCAAUAAACAUAUAACUUAAUUCUUAGUUAGAAUUUAAGCAAUCUGAAAAUGUAAAAUUAAUCCAAAUUAAUAUUUAGAAUGAGUAGAAAGGAAUCUUAUAAGAAAUUGAGAACAACAAUUUAAAAGUCAAAAAUGAAGAAUUUUCUUCGCAAAUUUAAUAAAUGACUAGUCUCAACGAAACACUUUUGUAAAAUAUAGAACUUUUGAAAUCUCAAACAUCAAAAUUUUAACCUCUUAAUUAUUAAAAUUAAUUUAAUAAUUAAUAAUCAAUUACAAGUUCUCAAUUGACAUCAAGUUAGUUAAAUUUAUAAACAUCUCCACCUGAUACCUUAAAUUAAGAUAUGUUGUCAUUUAACUUCAACUAAUAAAUACCAUAAGAAAAUACUUUAGAUCUUUAAUGUUAACUUAAAUAAACCCAUUAAAAUGAGUCCCAAUCAAAAUAAUAAUUGCAUAGCAUUGAUAAAUAUUAAGAGCCAACCAUUAGUGAUAUACAAUUUUAAUUAUAACAAAAAGACGAAAUUAUCUUUUCUUUGGAAUCAGUAGUUAAAUUUUAAGAACAAUAAUUAAUGUAACUUAAUACACUUUUAGUUAAUGCAGAGGAAGCUCUAUCUAAAAUUUUUUGA